GCGUCUGUGAUCUUCAGUGAUGCCAGUCGCGUAGUAUUUAAAAUAUACAAGUUUGAUAAUUUUUAAAUAGCACACGUUCAUUGUUACAUCAUAUUCUUAUUUAUUUAAACUUAGAGGAUAUUUUUGUUACGUUAAAAAUUUGAAAAUGAUUCGAAAUUUGAGCAAAUCGUUAAAGGUGCCAAAAGCACAAUUUGCGACUGCAGCGGCGCCGGCACCGCACACCACCCCGGAAAUUAAAUACACUGGAAUAUUUAUCAAUAAUGAGUGGGUGAAAGCUGCUGAUGGCAAAACAUUUCAAACUGUGAACCCUACUGACGAGAAAGUUAUUGCGGACAUUCAACAGGGUGGAAAAGCAGACAUUGAUAAAGCAGUCCAAGCAGCAAAAGAUGCCUUCAAGCUGGGCUCACCAUGGAGGACAAUGGAUGCAUCUCAUCGGGGCUACCUAUUAAACAAAUUGGCUGAUCUUAUUGAGAGAGACAGGACUUAUCUUGCGAGCUUGGAGACAUUAGAUAAUGGUAAGCCAUUCUUGGCCGCGUACGAAGGAGAUUUACCCGGCUCAAUAAAUACCCUGCGGUACUACGCGGGUUGGGCCGACAAGAAUCAUGGCAAAGUGUUGCCAGCAGAUGGCAAAUACUUUGCGUACACUCGUCACGAGCCUGUUGGUGUUUGCGGUCAAAUAAUACCAUGGAACUUCCCAUUGUUGAUGGCGGCGUGGAAGUUGGGUCCCGCCCUUGCAACAGGAAACACAUUGGUGCUAAAACCAGCUGAACAGACUCCACUCACAGCCUUAUAUUUAGCACAACUAGUUAAGGAAGCCGGCUUCCCUGAGGGUGUAGUAAACGUUGUGCCAGGCUACGGCGACGCCGGCGCAGCUUUAGUUGACCAUCCUGAUGUCGAUAAAAUUGCUUUCACUGGUUCCACAGAAGUCGGUAAACUAAUCCAGAAAGGUGCUGCGGGCACAGUGAAGAGGAUCACUUUGGAAUUGGGCGGAAAAUCACCAAAUAUUAUAUUAAACGAUUGCGACUUAAACCACGCCGUGGAAAUGUCUCAUAUGGCGCUGUUCUACAAUAUGGGACAAUGUUGCUGUGCGGGUUCACGUACCUUUGUCCAAGACGAAAUCUAUGACAAAUUCGUUGAGAUGUCAGCGGAGCGUGCUAAGAGACGAAUUGUGGGCAAUCCUUUCGAUCCUAAGACUGAACAAGGACCACAGAUUGACUUGGAGCAACACGAAAAAAUUCUUAGUCUGAUAGAAAGUGGGAAAAAACAAGGCGCGAAGUUAGUAACGGGUGGAAAACGUCAAGGUGAUACGGGAUUCUUCGUCGAACCCACUAUCUUCGCAGAUGUUAAGGAUGACAUGGAUAUCGCUAAGACUGAGAUCUUUGGUCCAGUGCAACAGAUAAUUAAAUUCUCAGAUUUAGAUGAAGUUAUCGCUCGCGCCAAUGACUCAGAGUAUGGACUCGCAGCCGGCAUCUUCACCAAGGACUUAGAUAAGGCCAACUAUCUCAUUCAGGGUCUCCGUGCUGGUACAGUUUGGGUGAACGAUUACAAUGUUUUUAGACAACAAGUGCCAUUUGGUGGGUUCAAGCAAUCCGGACUUGGAAGGGAAAACGGUCCAUACGGCCUUAACAAUUACACUGAAAUUAAAUCUGUAGUUGUAAGAUUGACUGAGAAGAAUUCGUAAAUAUUCGCACAAAACACAAUAUCUUUUGUAAAAAUGUUUAAGUUCUAUUCAAUUCCGACGGUGUGAUAAUUAUUGAAAUAAUAUCAAUUCCAAAGAGAAAUUUUAUUUUUAAGAGGGGGUCAAAUCAAAAAUGGCGUCAAAAUCUAACAGUGCGUUUCUUUGAAGGUGCUACUCGUUUUACUUAGUUUAUGUUUUUUAUACUCUUAAGGAAUAUGUCUGCCAAAAUGAAAGGUUAAAUGCGACAUACCAAAUCACUCUCAUUUUGUGUAUGUAAUUGUAACUAGAUGAACUGUUCAUUGUUUAGAAGUAAUAUAUUUUUUUGAUGCCAUAUAAUUUAUAAUUUUAAAA